UUCCGACAUCAAAAACCACACACACCAUUACAGAACACGCAAACAUUAACCCACAUACGGUGUUCCGAGAACAGAGUAGAACCAUGUCGGUGAAGUUGUUCGCUUCGGUUUCUCUUGCAGUGUGGCUGUUGACGGCCACAUCAACACUGUCCCAAUCCAACAUCUACGUGCUGGACACAAACGGCGACCCUCUGGAAACCGACGAGGAAUACUUCAUCAGACCAGCCAUAACAGACAACGGUGGCCGUUUCACCUUGAUCAACAGGAACCAAUCGUGCCCUUUGUACGUUGGCCUCGAAAACACGGACUUACCAGAGGGAUACCCUGUGAGAUUCACCCCUUUUGCCAACGACGAGGACGAUGAUGAUGUGAAGGUGAAUAGGGACCUGAAAGUGGAGUUCGUGGAAGUUUCUUCGACGUGUGUGCAAUCGACUGAAUGGAGGCUGGGUGAGAAUGACACGAGCAGUGGAAGAAGGGUUAUCGUGACUGGUCGUGAUGAUGGACGGUCAAGUGUCGGAAACUAUUUCAGAAUCGAGGAAACACAGAAUGCGAGCAUCUAUAACAUUGGGUGGUGCCCUACUGAAGUGUGCCCCAUUUGCAGGUUCUUUUGUGGAACUGGUGGAAUUCUUCGUGAGAAUGGCCAGAUUCUGUUUGCCUUGGAUGGUUCUGCUCUCCCAGUUGUCUUCCAGAAAAAGGAUGAUUGAUUUGAAACUUCAAGAAUAAACAACUUCUCUUUGUUCAUAUCAUAGCAUACCAUCCAUUUUUAUGUAUAUUUGGAUGAAAUAAAUAUACAUUUCUUUAGUA